AUGUCUCUUGAGCGUAUUGAUUCCGUCGAUCCUUCGGAUACUUACGAUUAUAUUAUAUGCGGAGGCGGUACAUCCGGCUGCGUGAUCGCCGGACGCUUAGCUGAGGAUCUCAAUGUCAAAGUCCUCGUGCUUGAGGCCGGGCCUGACAAUGCAGACCUCGAGAAUGUGCAUAUGGCUGGUGGAUGGAGCAAGAAUUUCGACAGUGAGACAGACUGGAAUCUUGUCACUGAGCCUAUGAAGACAAUCGAUGAUAGGCAGGUCAAGGUUAGCCGGGGCCGGUUUCUCGGAGGGUCGAGUGGUGUCAAUGGCACGUUGUGUAUUCGUGGGACGAAGCAAGACUAUGAUGACUGGGGACUAGACGAAUGGACAGGGGACAAGAUGUUUGCUUAUAUGAAAAAGGCAGAGACGUUCCACGAGAAAGAUUGGCACAAGGCGAAUAUGUCUGUCCACGGAACCAGCGGGCCUUUGCACAUGGAGCCACAUGAUCUGGCGCCGAUUUCAGAGCGUGUGAAAGAGAGUAUGGUUGAUCUGGGACUACCUUACCAUCCCGAUAUGUUUUCCACAGGCGAGACGCCACAUGGCUGCGGCGACGUACCACGCACUGUGCACCAGGGCAUCAGGACCACGGCCGCAGACUUCAUCACUAAGGAUUACAAGCGAGAGAACAUCAGCAUCAAGACAGAGGUCACUGUAGACAGGGUUGUGUUCAGUCAGGAUGCGGGUGAGCUGACUGCGUGUGGUGUUGCUACAAUCUCGAAGGAUGGCAGGAAAGUCGAGUACCAAGCACGGAAAGAAGUGAUUGUCGCCGGGGGUGCGUAUUGCAGUCCUCCGAUCUUAAUGCGCUCUGGCCUCGGGCCCAAAGAACACUUAGAGAAGCACGGCAUCAAGUGUCUCGUCGACCUCCCCGGCGUGGGCGGAAAUCUCAUGGACCACGUCCUCUGCUUCAUCUUCUACGAAGUCUCAGAACCCAACCUCACGAAUGACUACCUCGCCUACCACGACAACGCUCUUGCUUCAACUUACGCGCUCUACCAAGAGAAAAAAACUGGCAUCCUGUCCACCUUCCCCUUCGGCAUCUUCGGCUACGCGCGGCUAGACGAGCGUCUCAAAGACUCCGAACUCUGGCAAAACGCGAAACGCGAGCCAGGCAGAGACCCCAUGGGCCUGGCUCCAUCACAACCGAACAUCGAGUUCUGGAACACGGAGCUGUACGGCGGACCGAAACAGUACACCGACUUCCCCGUCGACCAUAAACACGUCUUCUCGCUGUGCGCGCUGCUGUUCAACCAGCACUCGCGUGGUUCAGUGACGCUGAAGUCGAAGGAUCCGCUCGAGAACCCGGUCGUCGACCACAACUACCUCAGCGACCCGCUGGACAUGCUAGUGCUCAGCGAGGGCUGCAGAUUUGCGAAUGAGAUUGUGAUGAAGGGGAAAGGGACGAGGAAUGUGGUUAAGGGGAGCUGGCCGGCGGAUUUGACGCAUCAUGAGAAUAAGACAAGGGAGGAUUGGGAAGAGCAUGUGAGAAAGCAUGCUACGACAUGCUACCAUGCAUCAGGCACAUGCGCGAUGGGAAAGCCGGAUGACAGGAAUGCCGUGCUGGAUGCACGCUUGAGGGUCCGUGGCGUGCGGAAUCUGCGCGUCGCGGAUGUUUCUUCGGUCCCGCAAGUCAACAAUGGACAUACGCAGAUGGUGGCGUAUGGUAUUGGCGAGGGCGCAGCUGAGAUGAUCAAGGAGGAUGCUCAGAGGUUGUUGCCGAAAUUGGUGCAUCAGGUAGCUAAGCUGGCUGUGUAGAGCAUCACUUCCAGCCUUCGGUGCCUGCGCACCGUUCUCCUCUGGGCCUGCGGCUGAAUAGUUUAUUGUAGGUGUGACAGUACUGAGGUUGUUUGAGGUUGAUAGGGAAU